GUUAGCUCCCUCUCACCCUCGGCGGCGGCUCUAGACCCGGGCGCGGCGGGUGACGGAGGCGGCGGCCCGAGGAGCGGGCGGGAUCAUGGCGGACGGCGUGGACCACAUAGACAUCUACGCCGAUGUGGGCGAGGAGUUCAACCAGGAAGCUGAAUAUGGUGGACAUGAUCAAAUAGAUUUGUAUGAUGAUGUCAUCUCUCCAUCUGCAAAUAAUGGCGAUGCCCCAGAGGACCGUGAUUAUAUGGACUCUCUCCCACCAUCAGUUGGAGAUGACGUAGGUAAAGGAGCAGCACCAAAUGUUGUCUAUACAUAUACUGGAAAGAGAAUUGCAUUGUACAUUGGAAAUCUUACUUGGUGGACAACAGAUGAAGACUUAACUGAAGCAGUGCAUUCACUGGGAGUAAAUGAUAUUUUGGAGAUAAAAUUUUUUGAAAACCGUGCUAAUGGCCAGUCAAAGGGGUUUGCCCUUGUAGGUGUGGGAUCUGAAGCAUCCUCCAAAAAGUUGAUGGAUCUCUUGCCUAAAAGAGAAUUGCAUGGGCAAAAUCCUGUUGUAACUCCAUGCAAUAAGCAGUUCCUGAGUCAGUUUGAAAUGCAGUCAAGGAAAACUACACAAUCAGGCCAGAUGUCUGGAGAAGGUAAAGCUGGUCCUCCAGGAGGUGGCUCACGUGCAGCGUUUCCACCAAAUAACAGAGGACGAGGCCGUUUUCCAGGUGGCAUUCCAGGUGGGGACAGAUUCCCUGGACCUGCAGGACCAGGAGGACCACCACCUCCUUUCCCUGCUGGACAAACUCCACCACGUCCACCUCUAGGUCCUCCUGGUCCCCCAGGCCCACCAGGUCCUCCACCUCCUGGUCAAGUUCUUCCACCUCCAUUAGCUGGGCCUCCUAAUCGUGGUGACCGUCCACCACCACCAGUUCUGUUUCCUGGACAACCCUUUGGUCAACCUCCGCUGGGUCCACUUCCUCCUGGUCCUCCACCUCCAGUUCCAGGCUAUGGCCCCCCUCCAGGUCCACCACCACCACAGCAAGGUCCACCUCCGCCUCCCGGCCCUUUUCCCCCUCGUCCGCCUGGUCCACUUGGGCCUCCCCUGACACUUGCUCCUCCUCCACAUCUUCCCGGGCCACCUCCAGGUGCUCCCCCACCUGCUCCACACGUGAAUCCAGCUUUCUUCCCCCCACCAGCCAAUAGUGGCAUACCUACUUCAGACAGUCGUGGUCCACCACCAACAGAUCCAUAUGGCCGACCUCCGCCUUAUGACAGGGGUGACUAUGGUCCACCUGGCAGGCGUUUCACUGGAAAUAACAUGUCCAUAAGAGAACAAUUACAUAUUCCAUUGUAUUGGAGGCAUACGAAAAAUAAUACUCAAAACUCAGGGAGAGAAAUGGAUGCGGCAAGAACACCUUUAAGUGAAGCAGAGUUUGAAGAAAUCAUGAAUAGAAAUAGGGCCAUCUCAAGCAGUGCCAUUUCAAGAGCUGUGUCAGAUGCCAGUGCUGGGGACUAUGGAAGUGCUAUAGAGACCUUAGUAACUGCUAUUUCCUUAAUUAAACAAUCCAAAGUAUCUGCUGAUGAUCGUUGUAAAGUACUUAUUAGCUCUCUGCAGGAUUGCCUUCAUGGAAUUGAGUCUAAGUCUUACGGUUCUGGAUCAAGAAGACGUGAACGGUCAAGAGAGAGGGACCACAGCAGGUCAAGAGAAAAAAGCAGGCGUCACAAGUCCCGUAGCAGAGAUCGCCAUGAUGACUAUUACCGGGAAAGAAGCCGUGAACGAGAGAGACAUCGUGAUCGUGACAGAGAUCGUGAUAGAGAACGUGACAGAGAACGAGAGUAUCGCCAUCGUUAGAGAAGAAUCUGAAGAGAACUUUGCUGAAGGAAGAGGAACACCUUGCAAAGACAAGAAACAUUCUUCAUGGAAAGAUGCUUGUCCAGCGGUUUGCUUCUUAUGAUUGAACUGAGCCUGUAAGGAUUCAUGGAUAAAAUGAACAGGAAUAGAUCUGAAUAAAGCAAAUCUGCAUACAUGGUAA